UAAUUUCCAGUUAUAUAUUUGUUAUGAUGCCAAUCAUCUGAUCCAGGAUAUGCAACGGGUCUAGAGUUCUGUAGAGAGUUAGAAAUAGAAGUAAUUGAAAAUCUCUGUGUGCAGUAAUGUAAAAACCGGUUAAUACCAUUAGGAUAAAUAGACAGAAUGUGGGUAAAACCUCAAGAAGUUCUUUUGGCUAAUGCACUUUGGGCAACUGAGCGAGCCAAUCCUUUCUUUGUUCUACAACGACGAAAAGGUUAUGGAGGUGGAGGCUUGACAGGUUUGUUGGUUGGGACUCUGGAUACUGUCCUGGACAGCAAGACACCUCCAUAUAGAAUACUCCACCAGACGGAAGGUUCAGAACUUAGUUAUUCUAUAGCAGAAGCCAAUAAUAAAAAAGAAAUUCUGCAAAACUGGGAUUGGUUGGAAUCUAAUGUGAUUGGUACAUGUGCUGCCUUUGACAAUGAAGAUGAUGUCACAGAAUUCAUCAAGUGUAAAAUUGAGAGUUUGUUGGCUAAUGUGGAGCUUACCAAAGAAGAUGAAGAAAUUGAAGAUCUCAGAACAUCAACUAAAAAGUUCAGAAAAUAUUUUAACAUGCCCAAAGAAGAAAAGCUGGUCAAUCAUUACUCUUGCAGCUACUGGAAAGGAAAUAUUCCUCGUCAAGGUUGGAUGUACCUUAGUGUCAACCAUCUUUGUUUCUAUUCAUUUCUGAUGGGGAAAGAGGCAAAGUUGAUACUGCGCUGGGCUGACAUCACAAAACUAGAAAUAGGUAAUAACAUGCUGUUUCCAGAUAGUGUCAUUGUUUCCACAAGAGAUGGAUUUCAUCAUUUCUCCAUGUUACUUCAUAGCACUGAAACAUUUAACUUAAUGGAGCAGCUAGCCAACAUGGCCAUGAAACAGUUGAUGCAAGAACCAGGGUUUCAAGAAGACAAAUCUCUAGUGUCCAAAGUAAAGUCAACCAAAAAGCGAAAGAAAAUGUCUUUAUUAAAAAGAGAUCUUGAUGCCAAAGCAAGAAGUGAGAGAUUCAGGCUUGCUUUUCGACUUCCUGUGACUGAGAAACUUGAUGGGGAUGAGGAGUGCACAUUGUGGACACCAUUCAACAAACAACAUGUUUGGGGACGUCUGUAUCUCUCCAAUAACUACAUGUGUUUUGCUAGUCGAGUGAAGGACUUAGUCACAAUGAUCAUUCCAAUGCGAGACAUAACUGUGGCUGAAAGGGUAGAUAAUUCUGUCUCAGGAAACCUUAUCAACAAAGCAAUAUUUAUAACUACUAAAAACAAGAUCAACUUUACAUUUUCUGAGUUUCAUGAUAGGAACUUGAUUCUGGAGAAAAUCUCUGACUUCUUAUCAAAACAGCCUAUUGUGAAUAGAACAACCAGUGUAUCUGAAGAGAAAAACUCUGACCAAGAUCAAGAUUUGGAAUUUCAACCAGCUCUGAUGGGUCUAUUUUCAAUCAAAGAAGCAGAAGAGAUGCUGCCCAAAGAUGAAGCAAAAGAGGCAGCCAAAGAACAUUUAUGGGACCUUCAUUUUGCAGAGUUUGGCAGAGGAAUGUGUAUGUAUCGAACACAUGACACACACCAGUUAGUGUUGAAGGGAAUCCCAGACAGAUACAGAGGAGAGAUGUGGAUGGUGUUUUCAGGUGCUGUCAAUGAGUUGGCCACACACCCAAAUUACUAUGCAGAGAUUGUGAAGCAAAGCAAGGGUCAUUCAUCUAUAGCAACAGAAGAGAUUGAGAGAGAUUUACAUAGAUCCUUACCAGAACAUCCAGCAUUUCAGAAUGAUAGGGGUAUAGGAGCUCUGAGACGGGUCCUCACUGCUUAUGCCUGGAGAAACCCAAAUAUAGGUUACUGUCAAGCUAUGAACAUAGUGACUAGCGUCCUUCUUUUAUAUGUCAGUGAGGAGGAAGCCUUUUGGUUGUUGACAGCCAUUUGUGAAAGAUUGUUGCCUGAUUAUUACAAUACAAAGGUUGUUGGAGCUCUUAUAGACCAAGGAGUAUUUGAGGACCUUAUCUCAGAGUAUCUUCCAUCACUACACAAUAAACUAGAGACUCUUGGGCUACUCAGCAUGAUCUCCCUUGCUUGGUUUCUUACUAUAUUUUUGAGUGUGAUGCCUUUCAAUUGUGCAGUGAACAUUCUGGAUUGUUUUUUCUAUGAUGGAGCAAGAGUGAUCUUCCAGGUGUCUCUGACCAUUCUUGACAUGAAGCGUGAAGAGCUGUUAGAGUCUCGGGAAGAUGGUGAGGCCAUGGCAGUACUGUGUCAAUUUAUGGACAACAUUGUCAAUAGCAACUCUACCACUCCCAACAUAAUGCACACAUCCAAUGCAACCGGAGUCACUGGACAGACUAAUGAAAAUGCAGUAGAUGUUGCUGACAUUAUACUGCAGAGUUAUCAAAAGUUUUGGUCCAUAUCCAAUCAAGAUAUCAACAAACUAAGACUUAAACAUAGGCUCAAAGUUGUCCAGACAAUAGAAGAUAAUGUCAAGAGAAAUAUUCUUCGCAGUGUUGCUGUCUACACAAAGUUUGAAGGGAAAGAACUGGAGGACUUGUAUUUUUUAUUUAAGGAAGAGUAUCUGACCUCCUGCUACUGGCGGACAUCACAGCAGGUGGACUCACCAGACAAAUAUGAUCCUAACAGGCCCUACUAUGACCAAUACAAAGUGGACUUUGACCAGUUUAAAACUCUUUUCCUCUCUUUGUCUCCAUGGGCUACCGGGCAGUAUGCCUCAACAUUAGCAUUAAGAACAUUCAGGCUGUUGGAUGAGAACAAAGACAACUUGAUCAACUUCAAAGAAUUCAUCAGUGUCCUGGGCACCAUGUGUAAAUCUGAUAUCACUCAGAGAAUCAAGCUGCUGUAUCUUCUACACAUGCCACCGGCCCUUUUGCCCACUGAUCCACUAGAUGAUUCUCCAGCAUCUCCAAAGUCUGACUCUGUGGAAGCAGCAGUGGAUGCAGCAGAUUUUUUUGAUGACAGUGUGAGUAACUCAGACACACCAGCUGACGAUGACUUGGAGCUUCCUGCUUUGCCCUACAACUCAGCAGAAGGCUCACUGCUUGCCCCACGACCUGUUGAAGUUAAACCUGACAGUUCCAGUGUUGACCCUAGAACUCCCAUGGUUGAAAUGGUUCCUCUAGAAGUAUCCCUUGAGGAUGAUGAUGAAGUAGAAGAAGAGGAAGAAUCAGAAGAAACCAAAGAGAAAGAAGAGAAUGAUGACAAAUCUGACAAAACUGAAAUUAACAAUGAGGCCUAUAAAAACAAACAAGUUGAUAUGUCAGGGGAAGUCACUCUAGCAUCACAGGAGAAGACUGACUUGUGUCAAAACUCAGAAGAUGUAACACCAGCCAAACGACCAGAUAAACUUAUAUCCUUCAAAGAUUCCAAAAAAGUUCAUCUUCCAACUAAAGUAAUUCCUAAACUAACUAGUGGAGCCAGAAGACAAGAGUUUGCAAAUCUACCCCGCAUAAACCAGAUCCAGUUCAUUCAGCUGUUGAGGACAUUGUAUGAUAUGUUUACUGAUACAAAAGAUGAGCAGCAACUGUAUCACAGCAUUGCCACCGUUGGCACUUUACUCCUGCAGAUAGGGGAGGUGGGCAAACGUUUCCAUGCCUCUAGCUCCUCAUCUAAUCUCUCUGACUCUGAAGCUAAUAGUCCAAAGUUGGAGGGCCAAACAAAGACAAAUUUAGUACUGGCUAAAUCUAACAUUGGGGAUGUGAGCACUGAAGGGGAGAAGAGUGCUCUCCUCUCAGACUGUAAAGCUUCUGAUGAGAUGGAGGGUAAAGGAGAUGAGGCUGUGAAUGAGAAAGAGAAUGCCCUGAGUCUCCAGCCUGCUGGUCCAGGCCUUAACUCCCCUAAGGGCACCAAUAAACCAGAUAUGGAUUGGUCCAUUUCUUUUGAACAGUUCCUGGCAUCCAUGUUGACGGAGCCACCACUGGUGGACUAUUUUGAAAGAAUUUAUGAUACCACUGAUGCUGUAGCUGCUCUCAGAAACCGGCGUCUAACAGCAAGAGCUACAUCUUCUUCAGAGAAAUCUUGAACUGAUUUGUUGACCAUUUAGAAUUCUUUUUCAUUUUUUAAUUGAGAUAUUUAUAAUUAAAUGUUGGCAUUAUUGUGGUUUCUUUCUGGUUUUCAUUCUGACAAUCUUUUUUUCUGAAGCUUACUACACUGGUUGCCAUCUCUCCUAAGGACUUUUACACAUGGUUUAUUUUUCUUUUACACCAUUUAAACAAUUAUAUGCUCAUGUUGUGAUGGGUUUACAUUUCAUGCUAAAAUCUUGUUAUGCCAGGCUCUAAUUUUUAAAUGUUGUCAUUUUAUUGAAGCAGUUGAAAUAUGUGCCAUUUGUUUCAAACAAGUUGACAGUUGAGAGUAAGGUGAUUCUAAUACAUGAUGCUAAAUUGUAUUUCUUCUUAAAAACUAUGUAUUUUUUUUGAUGCAUGCUAAAAAAAAAAUCAUUUUAAAAAAUCACUUGGAAUUACUAAACCAAUGCAGCACUUUAAAAAAAAACGCUCUCUCAGUGUUAUACACGUUAACAUAUGCAUUAUUGAAAUAAAGAUAAGAAAAAAACAUUUUAUAGUCCUGCCUUUACCAGCUUUCUGACAUGGUGAUACUGAUAUUAUUUUGGACUGCUAGUGUAAAUUGUUAAUGACAUUGAGAAAAUAUAUAGCAAGAUAACAUCCUUGGAUUAUAAUUACCGGUAUAUCAAGAUAACAUCCAUUGCUUAUAAUUAUAUCAAGAUAACAACCUCUGCUUAUAAUUAUGUUGACUUGUUUUUUCCUGGCUAGAGCUCUUGUAUCUAAUGUCAUGGUAAAAUAAUUAUUUUCAAACUCUAUAACUUUUCUCUUUGAAUUUUUGUGUCAAUGAAUUAUUUUUUAUUUUUCCAUGUUCUGUGGUAAAUAUUUUCAUUUAUUCAAUGUGAUACUCAGUUUUGAACGAUGGACCAUUAACUAUGAGUUCAAUCAACAAAGCCUCCCUUGUUUAUAUCGUGCCCAUGUCAAUAAAAGAAGGAUUUUUUGCAUUAA